AUGCCUUGCUCCUUUAGUGCGGGCGGAAACGUCGGCUUGCUCGCAUUACGGCGCGCGCGUUGGGAAGAGGAGUACAGUUUGGUCGCCACGCACUUAGAGCUCGACCAACCGGUCGGGCCCUCGGAGGCGAAGCGCUCCAUCUACCACAGCGUGGCGCUCGACGCUGCAGAUCAGCUGCGCCACCGCGCAGCGUGGGCUCUUUCGCAGGUGUACGUGACGAGCGAGUUGAUGCUCGAUAACCGCGCGAUGGCGCAGGAGAUGUGGCUCACCUACCACGACAUCUUUGUACGCCACGCGUUCGGCAACCUGCGCGACCUGCUUCGCGAGGUGUCAUACUCGCCGGUGAUGGGUGAGUUCCUCACGCUGCUCGGCUCGCGUUCGCUCGUCUUUAACAAGCCGGACGAGAACUUCGCGCGCGAAAUCAUGCAGCUCUUCACAAUUGGGCUGUAUCAGCUCAACCCCGACGGCACGGCAGAGCGCUCUCCGCGAGGCGCGCUCAUGUCCACGUACGAGCUGCCAGAGAUAGCCAGCUUUGCGCGCGCGUGGACUGGCUUCACGCGGGCAGAGCCGCGCUCCAACAUCGAGAGCGAUCAAGACGGGGAGCCGCUGAACUCGGUCGACCCGAUGCGCAUCAAUGCAACGUUCCGGGACGAGCUGCCAAAGAUGGACCUCCACAGGGGACACAUCGGCGACCAGCUCCCUCUCUGCAUCGAUCUGCCGCCGCGCAGCUUCCUGUUGCGAGGCGCGCGAUGGCGCGAUGCAGUCCAGGAAUAUUUCUCCUCGUCGGGCGAGGCCGGGUGCAGAGCCAGGUGCGAGAAUGAGCCGCGGUGCCGCUUCUACUCCUUCUGGAAGAACAACUGGUGCCGCCUCACGGAGACCUGCGACGUGAUGAGGGAGGCCGACCGGCCGGGAUUUAAGAUAAAUGGCAGCACAUCCGCGCUCGGUGCACUGCUUUGCGGAUCAAAGACGUCGAUGGGUGACUGCCGCUUCUCGAGCAACGUGAUGCUGGAUGCCGAUUUGCCAUGCAGCGGCCGAGAGUGCGCCGUCGACGACGUACGCUAUGUAAACGUCGAGUCCGGACGGAGUGCUGCCAUCUUCGAGUUUGUGCGGCCACCAUGCGUCUCACUCACCUUCUACAACGACGCCAAGCAAGUGUACCUCGCCUCGGCGCACGUGUCGCCUGCGAGCGCGACGACGGUCUGUGCUGACCCUGCCACAGCUUCCGCCGCGGUCAACUGCUGUGACGGGGAGACUUCGACGGAGCAGUGCGAAUACCUCGCCGAGAUGGUGCCAUUUGCCACGGCGGUCAAGCGCUGCGCCGACUACAGCUUGGGUGGCUUGUGCUCAGUUGGCGGGCCGCCGCUUCCGCACGAGCCUCCAGCUGCUCGGCGCUCAAUCGUGCACGGCCGCGCGCUCGCGUAUGACCAGUGCGACUCUACGCAUUGGCACAGCUGGACGGCGGCAAGUUGCACCGUGCAGGUUCAGGUCCGACAAGACGGCGAAGUCAACAUCGUCCAUGUCGAGUCAGGCUCGCCGUUCAAGCGGCUCGAUUCGGCCCACACAUUCCGCGUGCGCUGGGAUGGCAGCUCUUCGACUCUCCCGUUCCCGACAACAAGCGUCGGUUGCGGGAAGGGCUGCAUGGUGCACGGGACCACCUGCCUCUGCGAGACCCGCGUGAUGCAGGAGCGUGUCUUCGCGGCGCUGGCUGAGGUGCACUCCGCAGCGCAGGUGGAGCAGCUUCUCUCCAUUGGCAGAACCCAGCUCACCCAUCAAACCGAUGGGAAGGGUGUCGAGUGA